AUGAACUUGGAAGAGCGGCUCGCGCACUUGCAGUGGCGCAAAGUGUGCAACCAGAGUCAGAUUCAGGGGGCACUGAAACAGAGCCGACAAAUGGCCGAGAAAGACACGCUGUUAAACGCGACCGAGUCCAAAGACCGAACGUCGUGGGUCAAAGCUAUCGUGCAGAGCGAGAUGGCGCGGCCGCUCGAGGUCCCGUUGACCGUCGUCGACGCCAUGCAACGGGAAGCGGACGAAGAAAAUCAAGCGCUGGAGCGGACGUCAGCCUUUCACGCACACAGCAUUGCAUCUAUCCAAGCCAAGAUCCGACAGCGCGAGGCGCAAGCCAGGCGGCACAAAGCGUUUCGCAAGAGCAAGCAAGCGUUGUUGGCGAAUGGCCCGCCCAGCCCCGCGUCGACAGCCAAGCAGCGAAGCCCGGCGCACAACACGAAUUAA